AAUGUUGAUCAAUUGAUCGAAUAGACUUCACUCUACUUCGUUCUCUUCCAAGGUUGGAUACUCCUUUUCACUCGGCACAUUUUCUACGCAUAGAAACUUGUCGAUCAAUACGGAAACAUAGUGAAUGAUCUGUAUAAGAUAUUGUACAUCAAAUCACUUGGUUGCUUAAAUUUCGAGAGACAACCAAACCAUCUAGUGUGAAAUUUAUAACACUUUUGCGUUGUAAAAAUAAAGCUCUGAAAAGAUGGCAACUGCUACAGUAGCAACUGCUGCAUUGGCUAAAGAAAAGAUAUGGUUUGAUAAACCAUCCUAUGACAAAGCAGAACGGCAAUAUUUUGAAAAAAUGGCCAAAAUUGCAGGAGGUUGCACAUUUAAAUCUAAUUCUAUAAUUGACAAGUGCCAAGAUCUAGUCAAUAUUAAUACCCUGAAGUCUAAAGCUGAAAAGUCUAAAGACAACAAACUAGCUCUUGAGUCAAAUGAAUCAAAUGUUAAACAUUUCAAAUGCCAAGAAAAGAAUGAGAAAAACAAUAAAGAAGCCACGGGUGUAUGCAACGUACAAAAUAAAGAAAAAAUAAAAAAUAAAACAAACGAAAAAUCUGAUAGCUUGAAAGAUAACGCAAAGGAAACAAAGAAUGUUCCGAAUGAGAAAUCUAAAAAGUAUAACGCGAAAGAAGCUAAAGAGAAAAAGAACAAAGAAGAUACGAGAAACAAAAACAGGGGAAAUAAAGGAAACGAUAUUAAGGGUAAUAAAGAAACUGUAAAGCCAUUCGCGAGAAACAAAGAACAAUUAUCGUCUGAUCAGGGACAGUCUACGUGCCCAAUCUUGCCUGCUGUUGGAAGUUUGGCCAAUGAAGUCGCCAAGGCACGGCAGCAUAUUAAACAAUCUUUACAGUGUAUGGAUGAUAUCGCAGUACUUGCUCAUAUCGCAAAUCAAGAUGUUACACCUCGUGUCGUUAAACUUGAAAAAGAAAAUCAAGAUCUACGGUUCAUUGUUCAAGAAUUGAAGAGUUCUGUUGAAAAAUUGGUGCAACGUACCAAAAAUCUUGAAAUAUUGGAGCAACGAGUAGAAAGUCUCGAAAGUCGCAUGCCUUACAUAGCAAUUUGUCCCGCAAAACCCGAGGAACCAUUGCAAGGAUCAGAACAAGACAAACAUCAAACGCAUAGCAAAGAGAAAGAUGAUGACGAUGAAGAUGUUGAUCUGUUUGGUUCAGAUUCAGAGGGAGAGGAUGUAGAAGCUGCCAAGAUUAGGGAAGAGCGGCUCGCCGCAUAUCAAGCCAAGAAGUCCAAAAAACCAACUUUGAUAGCUAAAUCGAAUAUCAUCCUCGACGUGAAGCCCUGGGAUGACGAAACAGACAUGAAAGAAAUGGAAAACACAGUACGGAAGAUCGAGACUGAUGGCCUCCUUUGGGGAGCAUCUAAACUCGUGCCGCUUGCCUUUGGAAUUCACAAGCUACAAAUUUCAUGCGUCGUAGAAGACGAUAAAGUAUCAAUAGAUUGGUUAACAGAACAGAUCCAAGGGUUCGAGGAUUAUGUGCAAAGUGUCGACAUUGCGGCUUUUAACAAAGUGUAAAGAAAUUAAACAAGCCAACUUAUAUAAAAUGCAUAGCGACAUAGUUGAGGAUAAACUA